GACUAAAGCUUCAAGAUUGGAUGAUGGUGACCAUGGGGCUGCUGGUCAGAACAUCUAUCAGCUUCUUGCUGAUGGUCUUCCUCAUCCAAAGUUGGACUUUGGCCUUUAAAUUUUUCACAUUUAGGUCCGUGACCCAUGAAGCCAUAACACGUGUUGCAAUUUUAGAGACAACAUUUGAUCUCUGUAAGUCACAAGCUCUCCGUGAGGGACGGAAUUUUGAGACGCCAAACUUGCUGACAGAAGAGUCACUGGCAGCAGCUUGCUCCUCAGCUGCUUCAGCCAAAGCUUUCAAAAGGAGCAUUGAGAAAAUCAAUGGAAGAAAUGCCUGGGUGGAUGUACGCCAUGUCUCAGAUCCUAAAUACCACUUUGAUGAUGAGAGCUUUUUGCGUGGACGGGAGCUGAUCACCUCUGGAGUGAGAAUUGUCAAGGCUAGUGUCAAGCAGCAGAGCUAUGAAGCUGCCAGAGCGAAGCUCGGUGAAGUCCUUCACACUUUACAGGAUUUCUACAGUCAUAGUAACUGGAUAGAACUGGGAAACAGAAGACCCUUUUCCAACCUGAUCAAACCAAGCAGCCCAAUUGACAACAUUGCUGAUUCAGCAACCUGCAGUAGUUGUACUGGAAACAACUGCACAGGAAACAUUUUGGAUGAGAUCUACAAAAAGCAUCAACUGACCUCAGGAUACUUCAACAUGUUUAACUCCAGCAAACCAGCAGGAAAGUGCAGCCAUGGAGGAUCUUUCGAUUUGACAAGUCUCAGAGAGCCAAAAGGCGGCAUAAGUAAGGAUACUGUAGACUCAGAGCAUGGCUUUCUACAUACAAAGGCAGUGGAGGUAGCCAUUGCUGCUACCAGAGAGCUACUGGAGGACAUCAGCGCAGCAGUGGGAGAUUCUGAGUUUCUUAGACUGAUGGGACUGACCCAGACUUCAGUGCUGUGUUUCGUCAUUGACACGACGGGCAGCAUGUCUGAUGACAUUGCUGAGGUCAGGAGAGUUACUUCAUCCAUCAUCGACCGUAAGGCAGGCAAAAAAAAUCAACCCUCAGAAUACAUCCUGGUACCUUUUAAUGACCCAGAUUUUGGCCCACUGACAAGAACAACUGACCCUCAUGUGUUUAAAAGCAAAAUCAAUGCACUUACAGCCGCGGGUGGAGGAGACAGACCUGAAAUGUGCCUCUCUGGCCUCCAGCUGGCCCUCACUGGCUCACCACCACAGACUGAGAUUUUUGUUUUCACGGAUGCUGAUGCGAAAGACACAUGGUUGAAGAGCACUGUGCUGGCUUUGAUUGAGAGAACAAAAUCUGUAGUGACCUUCAUGCUGACUAAUGCUCUGAGCGCUCGUCGCCGGCGGAGCAAUGAUGGCCAACGAGAUGGUCAACAGCAGUUUUCCAGCCGACUCUCCAAUCCAUUGAAUGAGGUCUACCAGGAUCUGGCUCAGGCCUCUGGGGGUCAGGCCAUUGAGGUCACUAAAGCAACACUGCCGCAGGCCACCAGCAUCAUAGUGGACACCUCCAGCUCUUCUCUGGUCACUGUUUUCCAGGCUGUAAGAAACCCAGCAAAAGCAGAAACCUUCUCGUUCUUUGUGGACACUUUGCAAAACCUGACUAUUUACAUCACGGGCAACUCUCCAUAUUACAUCAUUACUAGUCCUUCAGGAGUCUCACAGACCAGUGUCGAACCAAGUGGGGCUUUGGGGCUGAUUGAGACGGUUGGUAACUUCUACACGGUGCAUUUAACUAUCUCUGACCAGGCAGGACUGUGGCUCAUCAGCAUUAACUCAACACAGCCCUACACCGUCAAAGUACUUGGUCAAAGUGCAGUUGACUUUCUGUUCGACUUCGUAGAACUUUCAAAUGGGCCUCAUCCGAGCUACACUGUGUUGAACAGCAGGCCUGCAGCUAAUAGCAAUGUCACUCUGUUGGUCUCCAUGGUGGGUGGGGAUAGUGUGAGGCCUACAGAGGUAGCUCUAGUUGAAGCAUCAAGUUCCAAGUCCUAUAAUGGGACUCUGAAAGAGGUUGCUCUUGGCCUGUUCAUGGCAUCCAUCAACAGUGUCCCAGCAGGAGAGUUUGUUGUCCGGGUAGCUGGAAAGAACAUUUUCUCUAAAGCUUCAAAUGGCCUCUUUCAGAGACAGUCCUCAACUCAACUCCAAGCAUCCAAUGUAACAGUCACUACACAGGCUGAUGGAACGAUGGUACCAGGAAAAAACUUCACUCUGACCUUCACAGUGGCAACCACUGGCUCUGGAGGAGUCUUUAAUAUCAGAGUCAGUAAUGACCGCAGUUUCACAAUGACCAAUGUUCCCUCAUCUCUGACUCUUGCGCGUGGAGGCAGUGCAAAUGGUACAGUAACUCUGGCUGCUCCUAGAAACACAACCUCAGGAAGUGACGUCACUUUGACUAUCGAAGCUGAAGCUCCUGGAGGAGCUGAUUCCAACUAUGCCGUGCUGCGACUUUCUGUUGUUGCUCUGGUAACAGACAUUACCCCUCCAGUGUGUAAGGUAGUUAGCGUCAAUGCUAACUGCUUGGGCAACUGUAUGCUCUCCUCUUGGGACCUCUCUGCUAACAUGACCGACGGAAAUGGAUCAGGCAUCCAAAGUGUGACCAUACGGCAAGGAAAUGGCUCCCUCAGCACCAGCAUCGUGCCAGACAGAGGUGUGAACGUCACUCAGGCGUUCUACAGUGCAUCUUGCUGUUUCCCAAAGGUGGAACUGAUGGUGGUGGAUGCAGUGGGAAAUGUUGGCACCUGCUUCAUGUCACUGAAUGUCACAGUUUCACAAAGCACAAAUGCUACAUCUACCAUCACCACCACCAAUACUAACAGUGCAGAAUGCUGUCUGUUUCUGCCAGUUUUCUUUUGGCUAACUGUAGGAACGUCCUUGUUUUAUCAGUACAUGCAGCUGUAA